GGGGCGCGCCGGGGGCUCCAGCCUUGGCGAGGAGAAGAAAGAGGCUGCGCUGAGGGCGGCCCGAGGGAGUUUCUGCAAUGCAGAAGAGGGAAGGUGAUAAUCAACCCAUUGAUCAGAAUGCAGGUCAGAGCAUCGUGCCAAGAAACAACGCAGGAAACCCUAGCAACUUGAAUGUGGAUAUGCAAGACACCAAUCCACCAGAAGCAGCUGCACUUUUUAAUUUACAUCAAGCACACCGUUUUGGUGAGUUUGAACACCCUUCAGAACAACACUGCAAGCAGGAUCUGUUCCCCAAGUGGCACUUGCCCAUGAAGAUAGCCUCUGUGAUCUCUUUAUUAACAUUUAUUUACACUUCUAUGAGAGAUGUCAUAUAUCCUUUUAUAACCAGAAAGGAAAAUGUUUUCUAUAAGAUUCCAAUCCUUGUCAUAAACAAAGUUUUACCAGUGGUUUCAAUUACCCUUUUAGCACUAGUGUAUUUACCAGGAAUAUUAGCUGCUGGUUUCCAGCUAUACUUCGGCACCAAGUAUAAAAGGUUUCCCCAGUGGCUGGAUAGAUGGAUGUUAUCAAGAAAGCAAUUUGGACUUCUCAGUUUCUUCUUCGCCUCAAUGCACGCCUGCUAUAGCUUAUGCUAUCCAAUGAGAAGAUCAUACAGAUACAAGCUGCUGAACUGGGCAUUCCAGCAGGUCAAACAAAAAAAAGAAAAUGCCUGGAUUGAACAUGAUGUUUGGAGAAUGGAGAUUUAUGUGUCACUAGGAAUUCUGGGACUUGCUUUGCUGGCCUUGUUGGCAAUAACAUCAAUCCCAUCUGUCAGCCACUCUUUGACCUGGAGAGAGUUUCGUUACAUUCAGAGCAAGAUGGGAUAUUUAGCUCUGCUGCUAUGCACUGUUCAUGCACUGGUGUUUGCUUGGAAUAAGUGGGUUGAUGUUAACCAAUUUAUCUGGUAUACACCACCUUCAUUUAUGGUAGCAGUUUUUCUUCCUGUCGUAGUUCUGUUUUGUAAAUGCAUACUGCUCCUCCCAUGUUUUAGGAAGAGGAUAAAAAAGAUCAGAUGUGGUUGGGAAGCUAACACACUAACCAAUCAAACCAGUAUGACUUCAAGACUGUAGAUUAAAUACGGAUGUGUCCUAUGUAAAUAUGUUCAAAGCUAUUAAAUGGCCUUGAAAUAUGGCCAUGAAGUAUGUUCAGUUGCAAGCUCUGUUUUCAUAAUUUCCAUAAAUGUGGUUUUUUUCACUUUUCAUUUCCAACUUCAAGACUAUGAGAUACUGGAUGCAAUUUGGACCUUUGAUAAAACAGAAGGUGGAAACAUUCAUUUUACACUUCAGUCUUUUCGGUGUUCUGGUAUUCCAUAAUUUCUUUCUUCUUCCCUUUACAAUCCAAUGGCUUCAUUGCCUCAGUUGUAAUUCUUUCAUAGGCAAAAGCAAUCAGAAAUCAUUGUUCCAGAUGACCGCAGGAAGUAAAUAAAUUAUUACAACACAGAACCCAGGAAUACUUUCUGCUUCCACAGCCAUGUUUUUUCCUUUGUAUUAUAUAUAAUUACAUUAUAUAUAAUCUCAGUAUUAUAAUGGGACAACAACUAGAGUAUUUAUCAUCCCAUUCCCCCUUACCUCCUGCAUCCUAUGUUUCGUUCUGCAGAAUGGGGACCUUGGCACAUGAGCCAGACAGAAACUGUGUGUUCCCACCAAGUCUUUAACUUAGACAAUUGGCCAAGCAGAAUUUCAGGGAACUUUACAAGGUAAAUCUCUCCAGAGGCUUGGGCACAGUCUAAAAAAAGUUUUUAGACUCAGAUCUCCAUCUUUUACAGGACUAGGUGUGUCUCUGUUGACUUAAAACGAUUAAACAUUUCCCAGUUUUUAUUCCAUGAACACAUUCUUUUGUUUCUGAUGCUGGAAAUUUUCCAUGCUUUUGACCUAAGCCUGCAGCCCUUGACAUGCUAAACUUUAUUCGCACAAAUUAUUCCAGUGGGAUAACUCAUAUUAGGUAAAUGUGUUUACUCCAGGGACAGCACAAUUGUGUGACUGGAAGAAAAACAUUAAAAAUAGACACUGGAAUCUUGACAUUGAUUUGGUGAGAUUUUAAUGUAAAAUGGCUUCUGAAUGCAUUUGCUUUUACAAAAAUUUUCAUAUAAGCUGCUUAAAGCUCACCCUCCUUAUGUUGCAUAGGUCUGGCUGAAUGUUUAAAAUGAAUAAUUAAUUUUUAGUAUCUGUUUAUAAAUGUGUUCUCACCCAGCACCAGGAGCAUUUCUGGCAGUUGCCCUGCAUGAAUUGAUCAGCACAUGGACUGAUAAUGCCUCCUAUUGCUGGGAUCAUUUGAACAAGAACUGUAAUUGGUUAUGGCUCUGGUAUUAAAACAAACAGGAAAACAAUGUAUGCAUAAAGAAAUACGUCAGACAUGGUACUAAUUAUUCUGCAGCUAAUAAUUCUGUUGCACAUUUGUGGACUCGUUACACUGAGCAUAAAUAACAGUGUUAUAGCUACAGUGUUGUGAUAUUUUGUAUUUUCCUCGCUGAAACUCCAUUAUUGCAACUUAAAAGUUGGCCUUGUUAUUUACACUUAACGUAGUACUGUGAAAAUAACUGGGGACAUGGUGGCCUGUGUAGUAUAGACUGAAGAGAAAUGAGUGCAAUUGUGUAUCCAAUCAAUGCAUGACAGAGACAAAUACUCUCUAAAACACAAUAAGCAAGUCUGCAAUGUGAAUCUAAGACAUUUCUAACAGAAGAAAAGUAUGGUUGUCAGUGCAUUAGCAUUGCUAUAAAUGAAAUUAAAUAUUUUAGAAGUCAUAUUAGGGAACAAUAUUUGUCAAAGGCUUAAUCAAAAUACUACCUGCACUUUGUUGUCAGGAAUAAUUAAAAAAUAAUAAUAUUUUUCUAAUAUUAUUUAGAACAGGUUGAGGCAAGUGCAAUGAUAAAGAAAUCCCUUUGUCUCCUGGAUCGUUCACUAGCUACUCAUAAAGUGUGCUCAAACUCACUACUUAGUCCAAUGCUGAGACUGAAAAUACUCCAUGCAUCCAUUGAAAAGAAUUACAUUUGGUUUUAUCAAAGUAUGUGCUGAAUUGUGUUAAAUUGUGGUCUCCAGAAUCAGCCCUGCUGCUCCCAUACCUAGAAAGUCCAGAGAAUUUAAUUCAAACUCCAGCUUUGUUAAAUUGUGGUUAAAGAGUUGGACUAAUGGUUUACAGCUGGUCGUAGAAGCCAACUCUUUGACACAGAGGAAUAUAAAAAGUUCAGGGAUAACAAAGCUUGUGGCAGAGAAAGCAGAACCUGACCCAUGACAACUGAAAACUGAAAAGAGGUGAAUGAAGACACUACUUGGAAGAAGCCAAUACAAAGCAAUUCAUACAGCAUGUAUAGAACAAAAUCAAGGGAAAUUAAUAUGUUUAUGUAUUUAGAGAGCAAAAUAGUUUAGGGGGAUUGUAAGGGGCUUCAAGGUUUUCCACCUUAUUAUCAUCAUUGCCAAGUGAAAUCUUUUGCACAAAGGCUCUGUUAUGGAUCAGCUAGAUCAGUGAGCAUCGAGGAGCAUGGUCAAUACAGUUAUGGAGUUAACACAAGCUGAAAGUUAAGAUUCUGUGCCUUUGGACUCUGCAUCUUACUGUACAGCAGUAGCAUUUAGGUCACUAAGUCACCUUUGAAAAUGCCAAAGUUGAUUUGGCCCUUCUGAAAUUUUUGUCCAAAUUCUAAAACAUUCUGAAUUUGUAGGAAAUUGUCUAGUUUAUAGACUAAUAGACAGAUCCUUAUUGCAGAAAUCACAAUAGCAAUCACUGCUAUAAAACAGUCCGAGAAAUCAGUGAUCAGGUAGAUAUAUCAUCUAUAUUCAACACUUUUUGAGCCGUCUGUUCUAAUAUAUCUUUAUCCAGGCAGUGGGAAGGAACUAUUACCUGUACCAUUGUAUUUAAUGCACAAAAUCAGAACAAGGCACAUCACAAGUGCAGAACUCCUUUCAGGGACUACUGAAGAAAAUGUACAUGUACAUCUUCUGUUCAUGGUGCAACACUGAUCAUUUUAGAUUCACCCUACUUCAAGUGUCCUAAUGAAGCAUUCUAAUACCCUGCUCUGUAUGCUUUAUAACCAAGGUAGUCCAAACUAGGGUAACUCCAUUAACCUCAAUCCGUUAAUAUGGGUUGAAAUACUAACAUAAAUUACAGGUGAAAACCAAUUUCAAGAUCAUUGUGUACUAUUCAAACUGACCUUUUAUACUAAUUUUAUACUCAUUGUCCAACUGGGGGCAUUAAGCACACCAGAUUUUUCUCUCUAGCAUUGCCCAGGAGCAAAACCAGAAGUGCCUUCUACCAGCUGAAGUUUGCAUACUAUCUAUGAAAGCUAUUCCUAAAAACACACAUGACAUCCAAACAUUCAAGCAAGUUUUUCCCUAUUGAUUGUCUCAAGAAGGAGCCAAGUUUUUUGUGUCACAGCUAGCCAUUUCUCUAGAAACCACCACUGAAUGGUUAUAGCCAGAAUCUGAGACCUCCUAUCAAGUCUCUUCCCUGUUUUUUAAGUCCUUAGUAAACUACUUCCAAGUAACUCACUUCCCAAUCUGCAGAAGUGGAGCAGUCACACUUUACAGGACAUUGCAACAGUAUUUUCAAGCUUUUAAGACGUUCAGAAACAUGAGGGAGGAGGGUCAUGUAAGGGCUAUAAAGGGCUACAUAAAGAAAUGCUACUGACAGCAUUUUAUUUCUCCCUGUAAUAGAUACUAUUUAGUUCAACACUAAUUAAAAUAAUUGCAUAUGUACCUUUUAAUUUAUGCUUAUGUAUAUAUUUUAA